GGUUACGUCUCCUGCGUCGACUGCGUGCCCGUACUCGUGGCAUCGUUAAUAUUUACUGACAGCCAAGGGGCAUAGGCAUCGAACUAGUAGAGAGUUCCUAUUUGCAGACAUGGCUGAAGGUGAGGAAGACCCUGCAGGUGAAGCUGCAGAGGAAGAGGUGCCGAAGGAAACGGUGCCAGAAGUGUUGAAUCUUCCUCUUUUCUGGCAAAAUGAUCGUCUAUCGGACUGCCUAAUCAAGCUUCCACCAGAGGAAAAAGACGCCGAAGGCGGCAGCGACGAGAAAAAUGCGGAUGCAGCGCCCGCUGAUCCACCUGCAGAAGUAAUCUUUUUCUUCUUCAUCUGCAGCAGGUGGAUGAUCUUCAUAACAGAUUUACUUAAUUACUUUUAACACUUUUGUUACGAGAUCGAAAUGUAAAUGAUCGCAGUUUCUCUCCUGCUGGUCUCUGUCAUCGUUCGUUAAAUGAUUCCGCUUCAUUCGCUUUCCCUCGUCUUCAGGGAGGUGAAGAAGGCGGAGAUGGCGAAACAGCGGACGAUGGAAAGACGAAGCGGGCCUGGCGAUGUCACAAAGUGAUUCUGUGCGCUGCUUCUGAUUUCUUCUACGAGAAGUUUAUUAUUGGCGGUGGAGCUGGUGGGGGAGCUGCGGCUGGCGGUGAAGAGGGCGCUGCAGAGUUACGGCAUAGCACAUAGUACCGAUGAAGGAAAUGAAAUUGAAGGAAUAUAUCAAUGUUCUUUUUGAGUUGAAGAUCCCCUAGCACAUACAACUAGAAAAACAUACUCAUACAGUGCGUUUUCUAACAUAUGGUGAAGCCCAAGACGGGGGAGCGCCCGCGGGAGACGAAUUGGAAACACCAAGCCUUCCCAACGAUCCCAUAGCUAUGUUGUAAAAUGAGCUAAGCUAAGUACUAGACUACUAUUUUGUUCUUCACCACCUCCACCAGAAAUAAGCUAAGUACCAUUUUGUUCUCCACCACCAGAACUCCUGCUUAAUGUGCUGCUGCUGCAGGGCUAACCAGUAGGAUGCAGCUACUGGUGCACAAGUUCAAGAGAUGCAGAGCGUUGUUUCCAGGAUUUCUACAUUUUCCUUCCACUUGUUCAGCUAGUUGUACAAGUACUCCUCGCGUCUCUACUUCAACCUCGUCAUCUCUGUUCCCCUCAACUCGAACUGCUUAGGUGGCUUCUUGGCUUUGUUCCUCUAUGAUGUCUAAUCCGUUUCGAAAAGAACUCGACCUUACUGAAGCUGUACCCUUAGCGCUGAGGUAUUGUUACUGCAACCAGCAAUGGGAGGACAUUGAGCCGGACAUCGUGGAUCCCGUUGCCUUGUUUGCGGCAGCAACACUACUGAAGAUCAAUACGCUGAAGGCGAGAUGUCUAGAGCACCUCGAGAAGAACGUUCUCUCCCGGCGAACAUGCACUACGCUUUUGUACCACACUAUCUCUACCUUACAACUUUUGUUCUAUACUAUACUUUUUUUCGAGUCCACUUGAUACAUGAUUCUCUUAGUACAACUACACGACUUUCAUCGUGAUUUUGUGGCAGUCUUAUUGUCACUUGCGCACCAUUUAUGUUUGGAUCCGUCUUGGCACUAAAAGUUGCUCGCAUGAUCGAUUGCACAACUCGUGCACCGUGUUGCUGGACUUCAGUUUCAACCCUGCUGGUGUUGUAUGUCCUGGAUGUUCACUGAUGAUGCUGCUGUUGGCAUCAACAUCUUUCUGACCUCUCACCUUUAGUUACCACGCAACGCUUUUGGGUUCGGCCGCGUCGGAGCUGUGCGAAAUGGCGCGACAGUUUCUGUUGGGUGAGUUCUGCUAUUUGACAGCAGAGGAUCAUGCCAAGUUGAUGCGAUUGCCCAUGAGCAGUCUCCUUCCACUGUUAGAAGACGAUGACUUGCUCGUGCAAGACGAGGGCGAAGUGUAUUCCCUGGUAAACAAAGUGCUCCGGACGAGGCUUCCCAGACAAGAGCAGAUCCUUGCCUUAGGUGGCAUAAAAUUGUCCGAGGCACAGUACUUCGUGAACCAGCCAGCGCUCUUCGAACUCGUUGUGGUGGAAUCAGGUACUUACCAUUAUCGCGAAGCAAUAUUGGCACAAUUUUUUCUCGUCGAACAAGCACCAGCAGCACUGCGCUGUGAGUGAUUCCACGACGCUGCUCCCAAACUGCAUCACGAACAACUACACAGCAUGUUAACACUUGUUCAAAUGUGUUCAGGCACCGCUAUGUGCGAUGGCGUAUUCUACCCUCCGGAGACGGAGCGCUACAGUGCUAGAACAACCGCAAGGUUGACCAUCGAGCCAGGAACCAAAGGCGAGUUCAGUUUUCCAGAAGAAGAAGGGUACGCAAUCACAACUAUGUGUUAUUCGAAGUAGUUAAACUAAACAUACUGCAUCAAGUUGUUCAAGAUAAUGUUGGUGUUGCAGUAAUCAUGAUCAUCAUCGAUCACUUGUUGUAGCCACUUCAUCUAGCCCUAGGAGGCAUCGCAAUUUGACAUAACAAGAACAGGUACGCGCUCUCGUUGACGAUGCCAUCUUUGUACAACACCAACGUGUCGGCAUUGCAGCCACCAGACAUUGUUAUUAGAGCCCUGAAGGAGAUUCUUCCCGCCGACGCGGAUGCGAGCGAUGAGGUCGCACAGGAUCCCAAGUUGCGGUAUGAGGUGCUGGCAGAAGGGAUCCUACCAAGGGACGCGUACGUAAAGCAGCCAGCAUCCCCGAGCAUGCGACGGAAGCUUGGACUGCCAGCCAUGGAUGCAACCACGAAAUCAGCGAAAGCAGGAGAGGAAACUACGACUAUGAAAGGGGACCCCAAGAAUCUCCCUGUAAGUCUGAGAAGUUCAGUCGAGGAUAAGGUUAAACGCUUAAAUAGUAGACGUUGGCGUCGUUGGUGCUGGUGCAAGGAAGCUGGAGUUGCAGAUGUUCUUAAUAUCCAAUUCAAGUAGAGGUGCGUGCCCUUGACCUUGUUGUAUAUGAAUCUUCAAGUACGACCCCUCCCGUUCCCGAACCCGAGUAAAUCUACUAAUGAAAUUGAAAUACUAAAGUUCAUCUUCAACAGUACGCCAAUUAGAGAGUCGAGGUAGUUCAAGAAUACGAAUCACAAUACCACGUGAUUAUACGAUCUCUUUCUGGACCAUGUUUUUGUUCAUGCUGGAUCCUGCUGACGAAGGCGGAGAGGGAGGAGCCGGUGAGGGCGGCGAGGAGGCAGAGGAGUCAGUAGUUUACUCGGUCCCGUUGAAGUUCAAGGACGAUGCGAGGGGCGAGAUGCUGUUUACCGUGACCGUUUCGUCACCGGAAAAGGACGGGGAGAAAGAUUAAGGCUUCAUGAACUGCAAAAGAAAAGGUAAAAGAUGCUGAGAUGGAUUCAUUGACAAGGAGAGACGGAGAGCGUUGUCCGGCUAGAGUUGCCAUACGAAUGUCCGGGUGAAGAACCAAGCUCUGGGUUUAGCGCACUGAUCUCGUAUCUUAGAUCACUUUGCACUCUCUGCAACCGUCUGCUCUUUACCAGGAGGAGCGCUCUAAGACGUAGGCGGUGAGGGAGAGGGGGAAGAGGGAGCUGCACCUGCAGAGGCAGAAAAGGAAAAUGCCGGAGGCGAGGAGAAUGCGGAGGGAGGCGAAGCGGAAGCGACAGGAGAGCCAGAGGUGAAGGCCGGACUUCCCUUAGACGACGUGGACGUGGACGCUUUGCUAGACGCCGUCCGAUUUCCCUAUCUGCAACAUCAGACGCUCGUGGACGCAUCGCGAGAGCCUGUCUUGCAUGAGGCAACCGCUCAACACUUAGUGGUCGAAGCAUUAUCUGCCAGGCUUUCCGCCUACGAGCCAGGUGGUGUCAUCGGAGACAAGAAACCACGAAAUUCGCUGGUAGUACAGUCGGUCGUGAAGAGCCAGCAUACUCUUAGUCUGACGUAGGUGGUUACUGAUGCUGUUGAGGCUCUCCGUUGCAAAGCAAUGUCAUACUGAUAGCUUCAACUUGCUAGUAGGGAGAAGUGGCCAAGAACAAGUACUACUAGAAGUUGUUACAACAUAAUCAACGAGAGGGAGAACGGUUUUUCAUUUUUUAGUUGCAGUUAGAAUUAGUUCUGCUCCUUCUGUCUUACAUACUAUCCCAAAGAAGAAGAACACGCCUACAAAUACAACUAGAUGCGUGCGCUUGUUCCGGUGUCAAGGCGAAAAGGCUCUGCUGGAUCGAUGCAGGCUUUACAGGAUCCACGUUCUCCGCUGAAGACUAUGAAAAUCGAACAGAAGCUCGCAGCACCAAGUACAGGGAUUGCAUCACUGGAAACUCCCUUCCAUUUUGGCUAUGAGCGCGACUUCGAUGACAAUGGGCUUCUGCAUUUCUUGGCGACCAACGGAAAACGUUCGGCAUGGAAGAACCCACAAGGGCUAGGCCAAGUGCAGGUUCUGAAGAUACGAAACGGAGGGUAGCUGUUCUAGUGUGCUUUUUUAUCAUGAAACUGUAGAGGAUGAGAAUGAGAAAUCUUCAAAAACAUCACAGGGUUUGCCUCUUUGUAUCAUCUAGGGCUGCACAUAGUGCUGGUUCUCAUCAUAAUCCUCCCCCUCCUCCUCCUCCCUGUCUAAUUACCUCUGGCGUUGGUUUCGGAAAGAGUGAGGACUUGGUUGGACGAGAGGCGCUCAAUCUUAGGACAGCGAAUACGGAAAAUAGCUUCUUCGGCGUGGAUUUGCAAGGCGAUCGACUCUUCGUUUGCACGGGCUACUGCUUUUAUGCUCCAAAUUUCAACAAAAACAAGCAAGACACAUAAGUUUAGGUACAACUACUUUUGGUACCCGUGGUGCUGGUAGCAUCAAUGCAUUGGCAGCUGUUUGAGUCAUAUUUAGCUAAGGCGAAUGAAGAAACAACAACUCUUGACCCUUCGCCACGUCAAUCUAUGCACAACAGGCUACAUCAAAAACUACCACUAGGACCCUACCUUCUCUAAUGCAAGCGUGGUAGGAAUACAACAUCACACGCAUUGAUGUCGUGGCAACUACAAGGGUCACGCGAUCCGAGCGAUCCAAACAAGUGGCAGGUUAUCGACGACCGCUACAAGUCUCCGGCAAUGCUCGGCAAGCCUGGGAUAACAGCGUACAUCAUCUAUUCUUUAGCAUGAUGAAGAUGAUUUUCAAUCUCAAAUAGAGUUAGGCUUAGAGGAACGUUUUUUCCUAAAAUCGGGCAUUGGUCGGCGUGCUCGAUGAGCCAUCAUUUCUAAAAGUCUUGAUGAAAAUCACGACCAGAGUUACAAGUUAAUGAGAGCGAGGGAUACAACAAGGACCAGUCUCUUUUCAACGAGAAGAACAUUCUUACAGAUUCUUCGAAUGCACGGCCGCAGUCAUAGGAUCCGAUGCUGAGGGCAUGCCUAACGCCGCCUGUAGGGCAUUUCGAGUAGUACAACUAGGCAAAAAUAGUUCGGGAAGUUACAACCUUGGCCUCAGCGGGAUCGAACUUUACGGCAAGGGUCUGCGCGGAAGCUACCCGUGAAGGCGUUGGACAUAGUGACCUGUGGAACUUUUUUUUCAUUCGUGACUGAUUUUGACAAUGAUUUCUGUAAAAAUUCAGUUUUUCGACUGGAAUAGCAUUCGUUGUAGUUUUUUUUUGCUAGAAGUUCUAGUGGUUUUUUUUAGGGGAAACUGAAUUUGACUGAUUUCGUUUGUUGUGAUGCUUCCAAUUUUCAUCAUACUGCUUAAUACCGUCGUGAUUGUUUUCUGAGUUCUUAGAUUCUCUAUGUAUUGGUUUUUUUUUGAAAUUGAGUGUCUCUUGCAUCUCAAUCUCGUAUGUACACGUGAAUGUUGUGAAUUUGGUGAAACUACACGACCGACGACAAUGAUUCGGAAACUGUUUUCUUCCGUGAUGAAUUGAAAAACACUUGUAUGGUUCCUUCGUGACUACAAAACUCGGACUUCAGCGCAAAUGGAAAAGGCAAGCCAGCCCUUAUUCCAUUGUGGUUGUACCUCUUAACAAACAUCCGCAAUCGAGAACAAGUGGGAAGCAAAAGUGCAAGUCAAGAU